AAAUGGUCUAAAGUAUUGAAUGAAAUGUUAUGUUCAGCUGCAUAUGCUGCAAUUCGAAUUUCAGCAGUUUUGAUUUUGUAUAAGAUGUCAUAUCCGUCAAAGUUUUGUAUGUGUAAAGAUUUUACCAAUUUGGUGUGUUGUUUUCCUGAAGAAUGUUUCUGGAUUUCGGAUUUGCCACAUAUAACAUCUUUAUUGCAUGCCUUGCAGAAUGCAUAAUUGGACCCU